CGUAGGAACAAUAUGUAUGUAGAUAGGUAGUACUUAGGUAUGCAUCAAUCGAGAUCGCGGGGACAUUUUCUGGGGAAGCUUCGAAAGUUGAAAUAGAGAAACAAAAAUAAUAUUAACGGUACCUUAGGUAGUGACGACAACGAAGCCUUUCCUCCAAAACUCCUCCCCCCCCCCCAAAAAAAAUGUCGACCGAAAAACCAAGCACGCUACGGUCCAUUAUAGCAGGCGCUACGGCCGGCGCAAUCGAAAUCGUCAUCACAUAUCCGGCCGAGUUCGCCAAGACAAGAACACAGCUCAACCGCAAGCUAGCCGACGGCCAGAAGCUCCCCUGGCCGCCCUUCGGCAAGCAGUGGUACGCCGGCUGCACGACGCUGAUCAUCGGCAACUCCGCCAAGGCCGCCAUACGGUUCGUCUCCUUCGAGCAGUACAAGCGCCUGCUCGCCGACGAGAACGGGAAGGUGUCCGGCCCGAGGAACGUCAUCGCCGGCUUCGGCGCCGGCGUCACCGAGUCCCUGCUCGCCGUCACGCCCACCGAGUCCAUCAAGACGACCCUGAUCGACGACCGCAAGUCGCCCAACCCGCGCAUGCGCGGCUUCCUGCACGCCGUCCGCAUCAUCGCGAGGGAACGGGGGAUCCGCGGCUUCUUCCAGGGCCUCGUGCCCACGGCGGCGAGGCAGUCGGCCAACAGCGCCGUGCGCUUCGGCUCCUACACCAGCCUCAAGCAGCUCGCCGAAUCGUACACCGCGCCGGGGGAGAAGCUCGGUACGGUCGCGACCUUCGGCAUAGGGAGCGUGGCGGGCGCCAUCACCGUGGCCGUGACCCAGCCCCUCGACACCAUCAAGACGCGGAUGCAGAGCAUCGAGGCGAAGCAGGUCUACGGGAACAGCGUGCGGUGCGCGGUCCUGAUCUUCAAGCACGAGGGCGUGCUGACGUUCUGGAGCGGGGCGCUGCCGAGGUUAGCGCGGCUGGUGCUGAGCGGCGGCAUCGUCUUCUCCAUGUACGAGAAGAGCAUGGAACUGAUGCGGAGGUUGGAUCCGGAAAACAAAUACAUAUAGACGUGGGGAAAGAAAAGAAAGGAAACGAAAAAAAAGUUUAUUCAUUACCUGUUACCUAACCUAGAAAGAUACCCGGCAACCUAAGGGAUACAUGAUUUGACGAUGUUGCUUUUUAUAUUAAAAUCGGAAAACGGAUUGGGGAUUACAUGUAUGACUAUACGACUGCCUACCUAACCUAACCUUUUUAUCAUAGGUAAACUCGCCUUGGCCAUGCUGCUUCAAAGGAAUUUUCGAACGGUUGAAUAACUUCUGGACUUGCAACAGUGGUAUUAGGUGGUGGAAAAGGGGGUUUAAGUUUAAGACUUUGGAACAAUGCUUAUGAGGUUAUGAUUCGCACCAGGCUUUUGUCCAUAGCUUGGCUACGUGGCUACAUACCUAUGUACUAACUAUCGGUCGAGGACUCGUUCACAGUGGUCCUGGAGACGCGGAUAACCA